CUGCGAACGAAAUUGUGUGCGGCAAAAUGUUUCAUCACUGGAUAUGAGUACUUUACCUACCCAGUUCGCUAGUGUUUUUUAGCCUGGUUCCGCCAUUAUUAAUAAAAAAAACUUCAUUGUCAUUAUUUAGAUGCUAUACAAUCAGCUAAACGCGAGUGUAACGUUGUAAAGUUCUAAAAUCUGCUAAUUUAGUGGGCACCAAAAGUGUUUUGGAAGUGUAUCAUUUCCUGUUUCAUAUCGUAUAGAAACAAGCAACUACGACCACUAACUUACUCUUUUCGUUAUCACAAGCGCGCCGAGUCGCUGACGGCCCGCCGUUCUAUUUGGCUUGUAAUGGAACCGGCAGGGGACUAACUAUAUGGACAAUGGUGGUCAAAAACUGUGUCUUAGUGAAACUUAGUGUAGUGCCAGUGCUGUGAACUCUUUAUUAGUGUUACAUAAGGUCGCAAUGAACUGUAGAAGAAGCCCGCCCUGACGCGGCGAGCGCGCCAGCGUCCGCGGCGGGCGAGGUGCAGGUCAUGGCACCAGCAUUGUCCAUAGCAUCCCGAGAGCCGCACAUCCACGACUCAAAUUUGUUUGGAGAAAUAGAGCGGCCACUGAGUCAACGAAGGCGGGCGCUUGCGUCCGUCGAUAACCUCGCACCACAUAUGGAUGAAGAUGACAUGGGACCACAGAAUCAGCCUAGUCUCGCUAAAGACUCUCAAGAGAUGGAGCAGAUCUUGGUUGAUUUAGGGAACAGCGAUCUUGACCAACAAGGAGACCUGCUUCAAGCUAUAAAAACCCUAGAAACUGGUGGUGACACACUUUCUGGAGGAGAAGCUCUGUCUACUGAUGACCCAGAAGCAAUCUUCCCUCUAUCUGGAUUUGAGUUGGCAGAGCCUGCAGAUUCAGAGGGGGAUGCUAUGGAAGAAAAGAUAAAAGUAAUGCAGCUGCGUCUUGAGAGAAGAUGUUCUUUUUUACAGAGAAGAUUAAGAAUAUUACAGGCUCGUGCUAUUGGGAAGAAAGUAUCUGAGGAAGCAGCUCAGACUUUUGAGAAAUGUACACGAGGAGUCCGCAAGGAUAGUGGCGGUGGCAGACCAGUGGGUUUGAAAACAUUUUUAAAAACUAUAGAGACCACUUCUGCAUUACAAGCUAGUGCAGCAUCAAGGACAGUGGUUGGCCCUAAGUACUACAAUCCUGGAACAUCUAAAGGUGAUGCAUCAAAAUCUGCAAGUAUUGGCAUACCAUCCGGCACACUGACAGGCUUGGAAGAUACUGCAGGAGCCCUGCGUUCACACCUAUCAGUGGUAAAACACGAGCUGGACUCAGAUGCCACUCUGUCGUCAUCAGGAGCUGAGAGUAAUGAUGAAGCUGUCACCUACAACAAUCCACAUCAACAGCAGAUGCCAAUCGAAAAACGCGCGCUAUGGUCGUGGCAACGCGCACGUGCGUCGAUUGCUUCUCGCUGGUGCUGGUUGCAGGCCCAAGUUCAGGAGUUAGAGUAUAGGAUAAGGCAACAUAAUGAACUGCACAAACAGGUCCGUGAAGCAAAAGGACCAGUGGAGUUUGAAGGCGAGCCAGUCGCAUAUGAAGGUUCUCUGCCGGGCUCUGAGCUACCUGAUGACGAUCCUUCGCAUGAGACCUGUGCUCGCGUGAGGCCGCUGCGACGAGAGACCUUCAAAAAGAGAAAACUGCUGCAAAUGCAUAAUUUACAUAUCGCUACACAGAAGGCUGCGCGGCCGUCAGAUAUCAAGUGCACCUGUGAACAAGGAUUGGAGAGUUGUGCAGUGUGCACAGGUCGUGCUGAACCGACGCAGCCUGCCCCGCCCUUCAGCACAGUGCCACCUCGUCUGCGCAUUGCCGCUGUCGACCCUGGUUUCCAUCCUGUGCUUAGUGAUAUCAAAGAUAUGUCCCCGUCCUUGCAUAUGUCGGCGCUAACGAGCCGUGCGUGGUUCCGGCCCCGAGCGGGGCGUGCUUGGCGCGGGGCUCCGCCCCCGCAACAGUCGCAGGCCGCGUCCAGCUCGGGGCGCGCGCCCUCCUCCAACACGCACACGCCAAAGCCCCUCAAACGACAUCCCACACGAUUGAAAAGGGGUCGACCGCCGCUAACGAAAAAAGUAAAGGAGAGAGAUAGAGAUGAAGACACUCCUACAUCAGGCCAUGAAAGAUCCCGCGGCCGGUCGAGUACGGAGUCUCGUUCGUGGCGGCGACAGUCGUACGAUAUCGACAACAUCGUCAUACCACAGAGUGUUGCGGCCAACACUCGUCCUCAGAUACUCACUUACAAGGAGAUAAUCACGCCCAAGUGGCGAGUCCUAGAGAUCCCAGAGGCGCCUUUAAAUAAUGGCAUUAUGAAGACUAAUCGCCAGAUGUCCAUUGAGAGUGAGGAGGAGGACGUGUCUGAGGCGGCGGUAUCACUGCGGCAUCGGCGCGCCGAGAGCCGCGAGCGCGCGCGCUACGUCCGCAAGCGACGCGCGCGCCGCGACCAGCCCGAGCCGGCAGACGCGGCCGACGCGAUCGACGCGAUGAACCCGCCGCGCCCCCACGAGUCGCCGCCCGCCACGCCCGUACACGACCCGCCCCCGCCGCCGCGCCAGCCCACGCCGCCGCAUCACGAGACAGUGAGACCGUACACGCCGCGUCAGUUUCCGCUUGCGGAGGAGCAGUACCAAGACAUGGUGGCGAGCAUGCCGCACGGGUUCCACGCGAGUCGCUCGGCCACGCCGUCGCUGCCGUCGCCUGCGCCGCCCGACGCGCCCGAUGCGCCUGACGCGGCCGACAGUGACUCCUCCAGUACGCUGUCGCCCGCAGAGCACAGCGUUUUCGACGGCGACGACCCGGACGACGCUGAGUGGGACCCGCAUGCCGAGAGAGCUGAACGACGGAAAUCCUCGUUUAGAUGAAUCACCACUCUACCACACCACCGGUAAUACAUUGUCUCAGAAGUCGCUUUUACUUCUGUCUAGCUCUGUAGCAGUAACUCCUCCAAUCUGCCUCUAAAGAUAUUCUUAGCAGAUAAGGGAGAAAAGCUUUAAAGGGCUGUUUGCCUACAUAAUAUUAAUUUAGUAAUAAAUAUGUUUUAAUUGCUGUCACAUUUGUCCAUGGAUUUGUCCAUGAUAAUAGACUGUGCUACUCCAAAGUUGGUCCAUGUAUACAUCAUAAUCACAUUUAUGUAAUACAUUUCUUUGUAAUUGGAUGUUAGCAGGCACCAUUAUGUAAUAGUAAUUUAUUUACUAAUUGUUGAGAGCAUUUGAAAAUUGUUAAUGUAACAGUUACCUCCAGUAAACAGUUUUAUUGAUGUGGAUGGCUAUGUGUAUUCAGAUCCAGUAGGUUAUAUUUUAUUAUAAUGUAAUUCAAUAAGUGAUUAAAAACAUAGUAAAAGUAAGAUCUAAAUUUAAUUAAUUGGUCUAAUAUUAAUGGAACCUUUUAAAUUGACUUGUAAUUACACAGCAUUGCACAUAAACACUACUGCUACUGGUAGUGCUUCAGUAUUCUUGUCAAAUUUUAUGAAAAGGUGAUGAAGUCAGUUCAAGACACAAUCGUUAUAAGUUUAAAAAAGAAGAGUGCCCGUUGUACAAUAUGAAAAUGUGCAAGAUGCACUUGCUUACAAAAUUUAUUGAUGUUUAUUGUAUAUGAUUCUCACAUUACGAGAAAUGAGGUAAUGUUGCUGACCACAAACCUUUAAAAUAAUAUGAGUGUUGUUAAAAGAUGUGUGAACUGAUGUAUAAAACAGUAGCUUUUGCAGUUUGCUGUUGCAAGUGAGCGUACCAUAACAUUCCCUUCAGUUCAAAUAAUGUUGUUGUACAUGUUAAAUUUAAUUUAACGAUAUAUAUGCAUUGCAAGAUUUAAAUACUGCUUGCUUAAAAUUUUACGAGACAAGAUUAUUAUGAAUGUGUUCCCCUUACAUUUUUGUCUACAUUUAAGUUUGAUGAUAAAGCUUUUCUAUUUUAAUAUUAAUGCCCAUUUAUUGUCGCCAAGCGUUUGUAAAUAUUGACUAAUAUUACUCGGGCACUGAUAGAAACUUAUAGACUGGCUAUAAAAUAAUUAUUUGAAUCUCUGUAAGAGUAUGAAUUUGAUGUUUCAAGCCUUCAGUUUUGCUUCUUAGGAAAUGUCUACUUUUAGUUAACAUUUACCGUUGGUAAACAUUCUUUUUGUCACACAUAAAACACUGGUAUAUUUGAAAGAGGAUUGUGUAAAUAGUUUGGUCUAUGAGACAGGAAAUUGACUGAGUAUAUAACAUAAGAUAAGAGACUAUUUCACUUAGUUUUCUGUCACCAGUAGUUAUGAAACUCUUGUGGUUAUAAUAAUGUUUAUUUCAAAUAAUAAUAUUCUUGUAAUUUAUCAGAGUGUAUGUUGUUAAGACUGCUUGGCUGAUGGUAUACAUACAUAAUUUUAUUGUGCAGGAGAAUGUAAAAUUUAAUGAAGUUUGUUCAAUUUUUUUGAGAAGCCAAAGUCUUCUGGUUAUUUGUAAUUAAUUGAAGUAAUGUAGUUAAGUUUUUUAAGGUGACUCUGUUCCAAAGAGUGGAUUGAGAAAUAUAGAAUUAAACAGUCA